AAAAUUCACAAUCUCCUUAAUUGCUGUCGUCUCCGAUCACCCGUUGCGCAUUCGCCGGCGAAUCGAAAACCUCUUCCGCCUCCACCAACCAAUCGCAAGCCUUUUCUUCCUUGACGACUUGUAGAAGAAGAUGGGUCGACACAAAGAUGAUCUCCCUGCAGUUAGGGUUUAUACAGUUUGCGACGAAUCAAGAUAUUUGGUCGUACGUAAUGUCCCAGCUUUGGGUUGCGGUGAUGAUCUCAUGAGGUUAUUAGCUACUUACGGAGAGGUUGAAGAAUGUAAACCUAUGGAUGCAGAAGACUGUGAGGAGUUCACAGAUGUCUACUGGAUCAAGUUUCGUCUCAUUACUAAUGCCAGAUUUGCAAAGAGGAAGUUGGAUGAAUCAGUUUUCUUGGGAAAUCGUCUCCAGAUUUCAUAUGCCCCAGAAUUCGAAAGCCUCAAUGACACAAAGGAGAAGUUAGAAACCAGGAGGAAAGAAGUCCUUUCAAGAUUGAACCCUCAGAAAGACAAGAGCACCUCCCAAGUUACAAAAUUGGCUGGACCGGCUUCAACCCAAACUGAUAUUUUCUCUUCACAAAGGAGUUUGCAAAGUGAGAUGGAUUACCAAUUCCAUAGAAGAAACGCUCCUAUUGCUCGUGUUUCAUCUGACCAGGAGUAUUUUGCGUCGUCUUCAAUGAAUCAAACGGUUCAUACUGUUAGAGAGAAGCUCAAUAAGAUUCAAGAAAGUGGGAACCAAAAGAGAUUACAACCGAGUAGCCAGAUUCCGCAAACAGAACCGGGUUUCAAGAGAACCAGAGUCGUUAACCGAAGAAGAAUCUAAUUGAUGUUUUUGUUUCUGUUUUUUUAAUAGAUUUUUGCUCAGCUAAUCCUGAAAAUUCUGUGUAAUUUGGUCUUAACUCUUAUAGGUGUUCUUGCAGAAUUAUUAUUGAAGUGUGAAUAUAGAAAUCGAGUUUCUUGUGUCGUCUCCAUUCCCUAAACCAAACCAUCCAAACCAAAAUUGAAC